GUGAAGGCCUCUCUUGGGCCUCGAGAUGGCCCUCAAUUUCAUGAGCGCUAUUGCCCAGAGGAAUACAUCAAGUACUUCAGGAGUAAGUUUCUCGGGAAUCAGGUUGGGGAUGCCACUGUUGGGGAGCUGAUCGCUGGGAUCACGAUGGAUUUGAUCUCCCCCCCUUUGCUGGCAGCCGAAGAUUUUGCUGAGACAAGAGUAGAUGAGCGCAACACCCGUCAUAUUGUGGAGCUGGCGGCUGCCGAAUGGGGCAAGGCUACUGUCCGGUCGCUGCGGGCAGCAUGGAAGAAGAUCACGAAUCAGGACUUUCACACCAACGCCCACCAGGCACGUGACGACGUGGUUGCUCGAAUGAAGGUGAAGGUGCAGGAUUUCGAUGUACUUACAGACGGUGGCAAGGUCGGAAACGACAAAAUGAUCUUGUUCACGCUGUGGGCACCAGAGCUCUCUUUGGGAGCUGCGCUGCCACCCGAGGAAUACGAUGCUCACUGCCAAUCAUUUCUCCUGAACUCUUUGCCCUGCGACACGUGUGUCUUUGGAGACAUCAUGGAUAUUCUGGGGGACGGCAAAGCAUGGACGCGGUUGCUGCAAUCGGCACCAACCUACUGGGAGAAGAAGCGUGCCAUCUAUGAUCUUGGAAAUGUGUAUGACACAGGAUUUUGCGCCCGGCACCACAAGCAUUGCCCUUUUGAUACAGGCUCCAAACUCAGGGUUGGUGGCCCGCCUUGUGUGGACUACAGCUCUGCAGGCUUGCGUUGCGCAGAGAACGGACCUACGGUGGGCACUCAGAUAGCCUACGGUCUUAAAGCCCAGAGCACGUCCACAGAAUUGUUGUGUUUCGAGAAUGUCAAGAAUUGCCCUGAAUGGCUUCGGCGUGACAAUCUUCCUAGCUUCACUUUGGAGCAUUUCGACGUGGCUACUUCCGAUUACGGGUUCAAUGCGAUGCGCAGGGCUGUCGAGCGUUUGUUGUCCGACUUGUGGUACGACCGACUCACGCUUGUGGGGGAUCUAUGGGAUCAUGCCCAACAUUUUGGCUGGGCGAUGGAGUCUGUCCACAGCCACGUGUACUUCCUCUCCUGUGGGGUGAGCACGACAAAGUUCACGCUGGAGGAAGUGCUGGCUUCCUUGAAAGAUCGAGGCCGAGAGUCCAAUCACGGCAUUUGGUCCAUCUAUCGAGUCUACAACCAACAAGCUUAUUGUUCCAGAUUUCUCAACUCGCGCUUUGGACAAGGUACUGUGCUCAAGGCAGCGCAGCAGAAGCUUCGUGAGUACGACGACAACCAAGGAGCCGGUGCACUGUGGAAGCCUUCCGGCAUCGAUGCGGACUACCGCGCAUGUGCCGCUCACGCAUUGCUGCAGCGGCUCGCAGAUGUUGACUUUGCAGAGAUUUCCGGCGCGUGGGCGUCGUGUCUCUUGCAAGCUGGGCAGGUGUAUCUGCGCAGAUCAAAUCAACAGUCCUUUUUGUCGCUUGGAUUCCGCGGACACGCUGCCUUCGGGUGGCGGAUUGAGCGGCAGACUGGUGAUUGGCUGAAUGUUGUGGAUGAAACAACACCGACAACGCUCAAGUGUCGCUCCAGCCUGGAGCUCCUGCUCCAGACCAAGCUUGGGGAGCCUGGGACAGAGCAGGCGGCUCAAGAAGAAUUCUUGUUUGUGCCCACUUCGGCGCGUUUCGCCACUAACACGACCGUGGUCAAGUUUGGCGAGAAACAAGUGGGCCACAAGUCCCGUAUCAUGUCGCUCAUUCAGAAAUUCCACCCGGAUUGGACAGAGAAGCAGAUGAGAGAUCGGCUCUCGGCUAUUCUUAACAAAGAUGUCGAAGACGACAUUCCCUGUGAGGACGUUGUCCGAGAAGCGCUAGGCAAGAUGGAUGCUUCCGACAAAGCCCCCUUCAUGGACAUGGCUGAGAAGCUACAGAAUCGGCAUCGUUCGGAGCUGAUUCAGAAGCGGCUGGCCCCUGAGGACAGGAAGGAAAUGGAAGAAGCAACACCGGAUGUGGUCAAAAACUUGCGACCGAUCGACAUACCUUCCUAUGCCUACCUGGUCUUCCAACCACUGACCAGCUCGUUUGCGGCAUAUUGGCCCAACUCGGAUCCUAAGAAGAAACCGCUGAGUACUUCCAAAACGUUCGGUGCGAGAACGACAGCGACUGCUGCUUUGAACCACUGUGUGAACUGGUUUUACGGCCAAUACCACAAGAAUGGCGGUGCCGCUUGGCUUGGGUCCAGGACGUGUGAAAGUUUAGGGUUGAGAGUUUAG